CUGCACACGCUCUUAAGCACACUUCUUGCUACUCAAAAGCUCAGUUCAAUUUUCCUCCUCUUUUUCAUUUUCAGCUUCGUUUAUCUAUUUUCCUGUUUGUUUCAAGCUUCAAUAAUCUAGCACCCCACAAGAUCUUCAUGGUUGCAUGGCUCUUUUGUGCUCUUCUGCAGAAAAUGAUGAAACUUUUCAAGUUGGGUUUUGAAAUGAAGUAGUGACUUUGUUAAUUUUGUGUAAAUUGGACUAAAGGGAAAGAGAAACGAAAGGCUAAGAUGGCUUUUGUUUGAGAGUGGAAAGGGGGAAAAUUUGUUAGCAAAAAUAGAGAAAAAGGAAGUUUGUUUAAGCUAAGUGAAGGUCUGGUUAAUUUUCUGAAAGGUUGAUUGAAAGGGUUUGUGUAAUGGAAGAAGGGUUAGGGCAAAACUCAGUUCCUCCACAAGGCCCAAUUGACAAGUCCAGGAUUCUGGAUGUUAAACCUUUAAGGAGUUUGAUUCCUAUUUUCUCAAUGGCUUCUCAAGCUUCACCCUCUGCCCAGUAUCCAUCUGGGUUUUCCCCAUUUUUCCCAUUUGGUGCACCUCAGCAAACUCCAACAGGGGGCACAACAGGGGGUGCUGCCACACCUACUCCAAUAAGGGCAUAUAGAAGCCCCCUAGGGGCAGGAGACACUGGUUCAACAAUGGAGGGGUUCACUGAUCAAGAUACUUAUGGGAAGAAAAAACGUGGAUCGCCACAACCGCGCCGUGCCGCCAAAUCAUCUGUGGAUAAGCCUAAGAAAAGUCAAGAGCCACCUGUUGAUUUGGGUGAUUUGGUUGGUAUUAGCCCUGCCCAACGAGAUGAUGGUAGCCGUGAAGUGGUUAAUCUUGUGCUCAUGUCAUUUGAUGCGCUUCGAAGAAGGCUAUGCCAGCUUGAAGAGGCCAAGGAAUUGAGCUCGGGUUCAAUCAAGCGUGCAGAUUUGAAAGCUUGCAAUACUUUGAUGACCAGGGGAAUUCGAACAAACAUGAGGAAGAGAAUAGGAUCAGUUCCGGGGGUUGAGAUUGGGGACAUUUUCUUUUUCCGAAUGGAAUUGUGUAUUGCAGGUUUGCAUGCUCCCUCCAUGGGUGGAAUUGAUGCCAUGCAUAUCAGGGGUGAGUUUGAGGAGGAAACUCUGGCUGUGAGCAUUGUUUCAUCGGGAGAAUAUGAUGAUGAUGCUGAGGAUAGUGAUGUUAUAAUUUAUACUGGUCAGGGAGGGAACUUCUUCAAGAAAGAUAAGCACACUAUUGAUCAGAAGCUUCAUAGGGGUAAUCUUGCUUUGGAUAGGAGUUCGCGACAACACAAUGAAGUGAGAGUCAUCCGGGGCAUGAGAGAUGGUGCAAAUCCAAAUUCAAAGAUCUAUGUCUAUGAUGGUCUGUAUAAAAUCCAAGAUUCAUGGAUAGAGAAAGCGAAAGGUGGCGGUGGUGUAUUUAAGUAUAAGUUGAUUAGAACGCCAGGACAGCCUAGUGCUUUUUCUGUUUGGAAAUCAGUUCAGAAGUGGAAAUCUGGCUCCUCUGAAAGGACUGGUUUUAUUCUUGCAGACAUUUCUGCUGGAGCUGAGAGUAUUCCUGUAUCACUUGUCAAUGAGGUUGAUAAUGUGAAGAUGCCUACUCAGUUCAAUUAUUUCCAUUCUCUUAGACAUCCAAAAUCGUUCAGUUUAAUGAAGCCUUCACAUGGGUGCGCCUGUACAAAAGCAUGUGUCCCGGGUGAUUUGAACUGCUCUUGCAUUAGGAGAAAUGAAGGUGAUUUCCCAUAUACUGGCAGUGGCAUUCUGGUGGGCCGGAAGCAAUUGGUUCAUGAAUGUGGCCCCACAUGUCAGUGUUUUCCUAACUGCAAAAACCGAGUAUCCCAAACUGGUUUAAAGCACCACAUGGAGGUGUUCAAAACAAAGAAUAGAGGGUGGGGUCUUCGAUCUCUGGAUCCUAUUCGUGCAGGUACUUUUAUUUGUGAAUAUGCUGGAGAAGUUGUUGACAGAGCCAAGGUAAGUCAGCUUGUGAGGGAAGGAGAUGAGUAUAUUUUUGAUACAACCCGUAUUUAUGGUCAAUUCAAGUGGAAUUAUGAGCCUAGGUUAUUGGAAGAAAUCGGCCCGAAUGAAGACUCUAGUGAGGAUUAUGCCAUGCCGUAUCCUUUAAUUAUAAGUGCCAAGAAUUUUGGGAAUGUGGCUAGAUUUAUGAAUCAUAGCUGUUCCCCAACUGUUUUCUGGCAGCCUGUUGUAUAUGAAGAAAACAACCAAUCCUACCUCCAUGUUGCAUUUUUUGCACUCAGACACAUUCCGCCAAUGACAGAGUUAACAUAUGAUUAUGGAUUUGCCCGAUCUGAUCAUGCUGAGGGUAGCAGUGCAGCGAAAGGGAGAAAGAAAUGCUUAUGUGGAUCAUCUAAAUGCCGUGGUUCUUUUGGUUAAUAUUUGGUUAAAGUUGCUCAAGACCAGCAUGGCACUGGCAAUACAUUCAUGGCUUAAAAGGUUUUGAGAUCUCUUUCAUGUUUCAAACUUCCUAGUUAUUCAGAUUCAACUUUGUAAUAAACAGGGUGAUCUUAUGUCGUGCCAGAUCCAGUUUAGAGGUUCAAGUUUAGUAGAUGUAUGGUUCAAAAAAUCAAGUGUAAGUGUGAUCGACUAGAAAUAAAUCAUGCGACUUUCUGGACCUGGCCCUUUUUUGGUUCCAAUUAUAUCAUAAAUAAUCGGUGAUCCUAAAUUUUGUGUUUAACUUUAGUUGGGAAUGGCCAUGAUGUACUAAAGAAGUAUAUAAACUAGUGAUAUCUUUUUCACAUGUUUAUCUCACAUUUUCCCCUUGAGGUCGAUAUAUUAUCUUGCUAUAUAUGAAGGUUAGCCUUUUGUUUUCUUUGGGCAUGUUGGAUUGUAGAAACUAGCAAAUAUGGUAUGGAAAUCAUAUUAUAU